CUUGUUAUUCAGAGUAUGGCUUUGUCGAUCGCGAGACAGAUUGCAUGUUAUUUUGGUUCACUGUCUGCCUUGAGCUUACGCUCAUCUCCAACUGUCGCAGCUCGUUCAUUUCAAACCUCUGUUAAGAAACUGAGUGGUCGUAUUACUGGGGAUAACUUGCCUCUUGCAGAAUCUUUUAGCCUUUCCAAGGGCGGUCCAUCUUUCCUUGGUUUUCGAAGGUUUUCAACUACAAUUUUGACUCCUGAUUCGAACGGAGGUGCUUUUCCAUCUGAUUUACUCUCUUCAAGGACCGUACUAACACCAGAGCGCACUAUUGGACUUUAUGAGGACCUUGUAGUUCCCGUGACAAAUUUUCAUAAUGAAGACCGUGGCUUCAUGGUUUUGGCUGGUGAUGUUUUUGAUGUACCUAUUAGAAAGGAUAUUAUCCACCGUGUUGUACGAUGGCAGCUUGCAAAACGACAACAGGGAACACAUUCAACAAAAACUAUUAGUGAGGUUAGUGGGACUGGUAGGAAGCCCUGGCGACAGAAGGGUACUGGUCGAGCUAGGCAUGGAACACUGCGUGGUCCACAGUUUCGAGGUGGUGCUACUAUGCAUGGCCCCAAGCCUAGAAGUCAUGCUUUUAAAUUGAAUAAGAAGGUCCGACGUCUUGGACUGAAGAUUACACUGUCUGCACGUGCUGCUGAAGGAAAGCUUCUUGUCUUUGAGGAUUUGGAGGUCCCUACACACAAAACCAAAAAUAUAGUGAACUAUGUAAACCAAAUGGAGAAUGCCAAGAAAUUUCUGCUGGUGGAUGGUGGCCCCAUAAAUGAAAAGUUGAAGCUAGCUACACAAAAUCUACAUUACGUCAAUGUAUUGCCCUCAAUUGGCUUGAAUGUGUACAGCAUCUUGCAGCAUGACACAUUAGUGAUGUCCCGUGAUGCUGUUAACAGGAUUGUCGAGCGAAUGCACACUCCAAUCAACCGUUGAACUAGAAUUGUGUCUCUUGGUCUUUUAGUUUUCUCUUCGAAAUAGGAAAGAGAAAUCUCAAACGAUUCGUGUGUUGUCUAUGGACUGAUAUUUUCAAAUGCAUGGUUGG